AUGUCUCUCAUGGCUUUACUUCAAUGUCCUCGAUGUGGAAAGAAUGACUUUAAAAAGACUCGUGAUUUAACAAAUCAUCUUAACAGAAAGUUUAAGUGCAAACAAACCCAAAUAUUCAACCCAGUUCAGCCGCUUAACCCUAAUAUAUCCAGUCCUCAAUCGCUAACACCUAAUCCUCCAUUUCCUGUAAUCCAUAUUCGUGAAAAGGAAGGGUCUAAAAAAGGCCAAGCAACGCAUUUAUCUAUAGAGGAUUUGGCUACCUGGCUUGCGAAUUCUGAAAUAAAAAAUAACCCAACCAUUAUUAAUAAAAAGGUCAUCAAAACAGAUGCAGAAUGGUUUGAUUUGAUAGAGCGCCAAGCUGAAAGAAAGCCCAGCAACAAAGCUUAUAGAAAAGGACAAAGAAAAAAAGUGACACCAGCUCCUGAGAUUAUUAACCAAAAGGAUGGAUUUAAAGACGAUUCCAAGGACUUAGAUAAAAAAGUGCCUUGGUCAGUUCCAUUUUCAGAUAAAGAAUGGCAUCGGGAAAUGUGGCAAAAAGGAAUUCAGAUGGCAAAAGACAUGUUUAAAGUAGAUGACGCUGAAUAUACAUUUUUGACCUGGUUUGCAGGUAUUCUGAAAAAAGACUUCAUAAAUAUAUUAUUAACUGCUAAAAGCAAAAAAGAAGUAGCAAAGAAAGCAAAAGAGGUAUAUUUACAAUGGAGUUUGUGCAAUGAAAAAGUGAUUUCAGAAAAGAUUGAGUCAUUAAUACAGAAAUACAAGGCAAAAGACAAAGGAAGUCCAGUUCUGACAGGGCGUCAUUAA